GGACUUGAACGCAGCAUAAGAUAAUUGGCAGCUAAGGAAGGAACAUACCACUGAAGAAGACAGAUCUAAAACGUGAUAAGUGCUCUUACACAACAUGUGCACACUUUAGCCAGUAGUGCCUCAUUCCAGUGUGAAACUGCUGAUUAGAGCCAUGCCAUUCUUGCGAAGCUUCCUGUCUGAAGAGCAGCUGCUGUGCUCCAUCUGCUUAGAUGUGUUUGACAAUCCGGUGUCCACGCCAUGCGGCCACAGCUUCUGUAUGACCUGCAUCGGCCACUACUGGGACUCAGUGAAGCACUGUCAGUGCCCCCUCUGCAAGCAGACCUUCAAGAGAAAGCCCGAUCUCUACAUUAAUCGAACUCUCCGAGAGAUCACUGAACAGUUCAAGCGCAUGAAGGGAAACCCGGGGGCCUCUGGAGGGGACGGGGCAGAUAGAGACGCUGAGGAAGGGGGAACAACACAAGAGCCAGUUGGUAGUACACUUAGGCCAGGCCAACUUCCAGGUUAUCUUCUUGAGGAAAUGAAGCAGAGACUCACACGGCACAGGGCACACCGCAACUCUCUGGCCUCUCAGAAUGAAACGUGGUCUGAACAAAUUGAACAAACACUAAACACUGAUAGUACUAGUGACACCCAGCCACCUGGUUUUGCCAGACAGGUGUCCCUGCGAAGGUAUACCUUGAGUGGGGCGGCAGAUGCCGUGAAAGUCCCCCUUUGUCCAAAACAUCACCGAAACCUGGAGCUGUUCUGUCGAUCUGAUCUGGAAUGUAUUUGUGUUGCGUGUGGACAAACGGAACACCAGUCACAUGACAUCACAUGUGCCGAGAAAGAGUGGCAGAGUCAUAAGAUGAAGAUUGCUAUCACAGAGAACGAGAUACAGGAGAUGACCAAGCAGAGGAUGGAGAAAGUGGAGGAGAUCAAACAAUCACUAGUUGAUAUCAAAAUGCUGUCAGAGCAUGAGGUGCAGCGCAGCAUGCAGCUGUUUGGAGCUUUGAUAAGCUCCCUCGAGCGCAGUCAGGCAGGGCUGCUGGAAGUGACUGAGAUAAACCGUCGCUCAGCAGAGCACCAGGCUGAGCUCAUGAUCAGAGAGCUGGAGCAGGAGAUCACAGAACUGAGGAGGAGAAGCACAGCUCUUGCUAAACUGGCCCAGACUGAAAAUUACAUCACCGGACUGAAGGGCUACUCUGACGUCAGCACUCCCAAGACAAUGAAAGACUGGACGGGUAUCUCACUGACCUGUGACCUUGGAACUAAAACAAUUUAUACCUCUGUCUGUCAGCUACUGGAACAGUUUAAGGAGGAGCUUCAGAAAGUACCACCUGCCUUCUGCCUCUCUGUGUCCGCUAACCAAUCACCUGUGAAGUCACACCCAAGUAAGACUUCUGUUGAAGUGAAGAGAAUGCAGGAAUAUUCAGUGGAUGUGACCCUGGACUCCAACACUGCUCAUCCACGUCUCAUCCUAUCAGAAGACAAGAAGAAGGUGUGGUGUGGUGAAAGGCACCAACAAGUUCCCAACAACCGUGAGCGCUUCGACCGUGUAGUCUGUGUCCUGGGCUGCAAGGGAUUCACCAGUGGCCGACACUACUGGGAGGUGGAGGUGGAUGGAAAGACUGACUGGGACCUGGGAGUGGCGAGUCAUUCCUGCAACAGGAAGGGUAAGAUCACAGUCAGCCCCAGCAACGGCUACUGGUUUCUUAGCUUGCGGGACAAGAACAACUAUGCCUUCAGGACUGAGCCUUCUACUGCCCUACCCCUCAGCCUGAAACCUCAGAAGAUAGGGCUGUUUGUGGACUACGAAAAAGGCCAAGUGUCCUUUUAUAAUGUGGAUGCAAAGAUGCACAUCUACACGUUUAUGGACAACUUCUCUGAGACCAUUUACCCAUUUUUCAGUCCCUGUACCAACAAAACAGGCAAAAAUGAUGCUCCGCUGGUGAUCACGCCUGUCCUUAUGGACUGAACAGUGAAAUAGAAACAUUUUAUGAGCAAGCAUCUUGUCCAAAAUGUUGUGGACUUUUCCUUUUUUUGCCUUGUAAAUGAUUUGUCUGCUGCCAUAUUGGCACUUAAUUUUCAAUGAUAACACAGAGAAAUUUCACUAGGAUGACCAUAUGUCCCCUCUUUCCGGGUUUUGGCUUUGUUUUCCUAUUGACAUGCUCUCCACAGUCGUCAUACAUUAUAUUUUAUGCAGAUUUGCAUUGCUUUGUCCAUUCAAUGUAGAUCCAAGCCAUUUUGAUAAUGAUUAUUAUACAAUGCUUGUACGCUAUUGGUCAAACUACUUUUCAGUCAUUACCUUCAGCAAAUAUAAAACAUAAGAAAACAGAGCCAAAUCCCAGACAUUUUAGGCAAUUUAAAAAUCCUAGCCAGGACAUGUCUGGGAAAAAGAGAAUGCAUGUUAACUCUACUUUCACUGCUAAAAGUCUUUUUAUACCAGCAAAUGUGCAAAUUUCCCUUAUUACAUUAACAUAACACCAAAAUCAACGGUAGUUUUUAAUUAAUCUUCUCUUCAGGAUGGAAAGACUAAAAUAAUACAGUAUAUGUUUCUUAAACAAGACUGCACUGCAAUCCACUAUGAAUAACAGCAAAUAGUCAUUACUUUUCAGGCAUUGGAGAGAAAAUGUAUACUUUUAAUACAAGAUGAAUAUUAGUAAAUCCAUGUUGUUUUGUUUGUAGAUUUGCUUCGUUCACUGUUGCAUGCCUAUACAGUUCAUGUGGCCUAUUUUGAAAUGUAGCCUAUAAUUCUCUCACACUCCACUUUAAAGUUUCUGUUAAGAUGAGUGUACUUGAACAUGAUUAAAUAAACGUUGCCGUGUCAGAUGGCAAGUUACUGCA